ACGGGGUGGUAUCCAUUACACCAUGCCGCUUACCGUGGAGAAGCACAAGUUGUUCGAGAACUGCUGGAAGCUGGAGCCGAGGUCAACGCAGUCGACAAAGAAGCCGAGACGGCGUUGAUGAAAGCCGUGUCCAAGAGCCACCUUGAGGUCGUGAAGGAGUUACUGGGCCGUGGCGCGGAUGUCCGGCACGCGGAUAAGGAUGGAUGGACGGCGUUGCAUAUCGCCGCUUCGAACGGGGAUUUGGAGAUUACGACGGAGUUGACGGAGCAUGAUGUUGUUCUUGGUGCGAAGACGCGGGGGACGGGGUAUACGCCGCUCAUGACUGCUGCUUCGCGAGGACAUCACCAGAUCAUCGCACACCUCCUUUCGCUAUCCUCCGUCCCUGUAAAUGUGACGAAUGCAUUACACGAGUCCGCGUACGAUAUCGCUGCUUCGAGAGCGGAUUUGUAUGCUUGUUCGCUAUUAUCAGCAGCCGGUGAUAACGGCGGAGUCUACGAACCCGUGAUCGUAUGGGAACAUGCACGGUGGUCCUUCACCCAUUCAAAUGCCAAAGCUCUUCGAAUGGGUGACUCGGCGCAUUGGUCCACCACGCUCGCGUCCGAGACGAAAGUCAGGAAAGAGGAGAUUGAGCUCCCGCAACCGCCUACGCCUGAGUCUCCACAGGUCUGGUCAUGGGUAAACGAAUGGAACAUCGAUAAAACCGAUCCGCGGUGCACACCGGAUGGAUGGUUAUUCGCCCCGAACUUCCAAGUAGAAGAAAAUGACUGGACAGGUGGCCUGCCACGAGAAAAGGGCUGGGUCUGCGCACGACGCUGGGUACGGGUGAUGAAACGCCGCGUCGAGGGCGUACCGAACGCAUACAUCGACGCUGCGCAGACUGAGAUUGAGGACAGAGAUAGGAAAGGCGGAUUGAAGGGGUUGUUGAGGGGGUUACGGAAAGAUCGUCUUCGACAGAGUAUGCUAGGUGGAAUGGAUGAUGAGGCGAAUGGGUCGAAUUCGGAAUCGAUAUUUGAUGGGAGGAGUGGGGUUGAGACGCCGCCUACGAGUUUGGAGGAGGUUGCUGCUGCACAGAGGAGUAGAGAUGAGCAUGAGUGUGAGAGUCAGGGCGGCGAGGACAGUGAAGAUGAUGCGGAAGAUGCAGCGCGGUUACGAGAGAUGAUCAUCGAAACAGUCGACGGCGGACAAGGCUCCGGCUCAUCGCAAAACAACCCAUCACAACCACCAGCGCAACGCUCCUCCUCAACCCCCGGCGCCCCACAAUCUUACAUCUCCUCCCACCACCCCUUCCAUCCUCCUCACGGCGCCCACCCCACAACCACCACCCUUGAUGCUUCCGGCCGCCCACCCUGGCAACCCGACGACGAAGCCUCCCGCUGCCCUCUCUGCUCCCGUCCCUUCACUUUCUUCCUCCGUCGCCACCACUGUCGUCUCUGUGGCCGCGUCAUCUGCGAUGACUGUAGUGAUCACCGGAUGGAAGUCUCCCUUGGCCGUGUCGUGCGGGAACCGUGGGCGUUGGAAAUGGAGGGGUUGAUGCAGGCUUUGGGGGAAGAGGGUGCGACGGAGAGGGUGAGGGUCUGUGAUGCGUGUUGGCGGGAUGAGCAGAAUGCGGCUUUGAAUCUGCCGCCGGUGGGGGGCGUUUCGAUGAGUGCGGAGCAGGUCCCGAUUCAAGAGGUGUUAGCGGAGGAUGUGGAUGAGAUGACGUUGGCGGAGGCUGAUGGGAUUGGGGCUGGGGAUGGGGUGGUCUCGAGGCAGGGGAUUGCGGGGGAGGAGAUUGAUGAGGGAUCUCAGUGUCCGAUCUGUGCACGUCCUCUUGUGGGAACGGACGAAGAGAAGGAAGCACAUGUCCGCGACUGUAUCGAGGGGAACAUGUGGGGAAGCCCAUCGCGACGAGGCGGUACGCACAGCGUCUCAGGUCAUCGUUAUCUAGUUUAUAUCUUACGCGAAAACAACCCGAUAGAAGGACAAGAGUGCGUUAUUUGUUUCGAGGAGUUUGAGGUUGGGGAUACGGUUGCGAGGUUGGAGUGUUUGUGUAGUUAUCAUCGGGUAUGCGAUUCUUGUUGCGGAUCGAGUGGUCUCAGCGGCUAACGUGAGAUGUACAGACGUGUAUAAGGCAGUGGUUGGAUACUCAGAAUUCUGGGUGUCCGGUUCAUGCGUUGAGGUCGUG